GGCGGGCAGCGCGGGGUCGGUGCCGGGCGCGGGCCGGGCGCGGGGAGGCCUGCGGGGCUGCCGGCAGCGCUGUGCGGGUCACCUUCCUUCGGUGCAGCAUCGCCUGCCCGUGCCCCCGCUGCGAGCCCGGCUCGCCGCGUUCCCGUGGGAGCGAGCGGAGACCGCAGGGCGCCCGGAGGGAUGGAGGUGGGAAGGGAGUGCAGGUGUGGAGCCCUGUGACCGGCUCUCCGGCCUAGGGCCGGCGUGCUGGGAGCUCCGUGCCUCCGGGAAAUGCCCGCAGCUGUGGGGAUUCAUCCUGCAAGGUGGGGACAAAAGCCCUGGUGAGGCUUCGGAGCGCUGGGGCUGGCCGGGCUGCCCGGCACAGUUCACUUCUGUCACUGCCGUGCCUUGAAAUUGCCUUGCCCAAAAAGUGGAAAUCCGUGUGAGCGUCUCCUCCUGUUUCUGUAGAAGGAUUAGAGGAGCGUGUCCUGGUUUCGGCUGGGAUAGAGGUUAAAUUGAGGUUGAAACAAGAGAAGAUGAGGAACAAAACAUCAAGUUGACUGAAAUCUUGGAACUGUUGGUGGCUGCUGGGUAUUUUCGAGCAAGAAUCAAGGGGUUAUCACCCUUUGACAAGGUGGUGGGAGGCAUGACGUGGUGUAUCACUACCUGCAGCUUUGAUAUCGACGUGGAUUUGUUAUUUCAGGAAAACUCUACUAUUGGUCAAAAAAUUGCCUUAACUGAAAAAAUCGUGUCAGUAUUACCAAAAAUGAAGUGUCCACAUCGUUUGGAACCACAUCAGAUCCAGGGACUGGAUUUCAUUCAUAUAUUUCCUGUUGUACAGUGGCUGGUAAAACGUGCAAUAGAAACAAGGGAAGAAAUGGGAGAUUAUGUCCGUUCUUACUCUAUAUCACAGUUUCAAAAAACUCACAGACUGCCAGAGGAUGAUGAAUUCAUGCAAAGAAAAGAGAAGGCACUCAAAACGGUUACUGAUAUCUUUGAGGUUUACAAACCCCAGAGAAAAUACAAACGUCAGACAGGAGCUGAGGAACUGCUGGAUGAGGAAUCAAAGGUUCAUGCUACACUUCUGGAAUAUGGCAGGAGAUAUGGAUUUAGCAGACAAGCAGGAAAAACAGAACAGGCUGAGGAUAAAAAAGCAGUGCUACCUCCAGGGCUUGCAGCAGCAGGGAAAUCUGAGCCUUGUGAUGAAGAUGAUCUUCAGGCAGCUGAAGAGCUUCGCAUUAAAACUCUGAUGACUGGAAUGGCUGCAAUGGCAACAGAAGAGGGCAAACUGACAGCAAGCACAGUUGGCCAGAUUGUUGGGCUCCAGUCAGAUGAGAUCAAGCAAAUUGUGUCUGAAUAUGCUGAGAAGCAAUCUGAGCUUUCCGCUGAGGAGCGACCAGAAAGGCUCGGAGCUGCCCAGCAGCACAGAAGGAAGGUGGCAUCUCUCAACAAGCAGAUUUUGCAGAAAACCAAACUCCUCGAAGAGUUGCAAGCUAAGUGUGCUGAUCUGCAGGCAAAGUGUACCAAAGCAAAAAAGACAUUAGCAGAGGUUAAGAGUUACAGUGAAAAGCUGGACAAGGAAUUGGCAGCCUUAGAAACAAUAGAAUCCCAAGCAGAUUCUAGCAUAUUACAGAGUCUGCGAGCACUGGUGGCCAUGAAUGAAAACCUAAAAAGCCAGGAGCAAGAGUUCAAAGCACAUUGUAGGGAAGAAAUGGAGAGACUACAACAAAAUAUUGAGAUGUUGAAAGCCGAAGCAGCAGAAGAUGGGGAGGAACAGGAGCCAAAUAAGAUUAUAGAACAGCAGUACAAAGCUGAGAAAGAGAAACUUCAAAAGAUCCGCCUGCUACUGGCACGAAGAAACAGAGAAAUAGCCAUUUUACAGCGCAAGAUUGAUGAAGUACCCAGCCGAGCUGAGCUCACACAGUAUCAGAAGAGAUUUAUUGAACUUUACAGUCAGGUCUCAGCAACUCACAAAGAAACGAAGCAGUUUUUUACUCUUUAUAAUACGCUGGAUGAUAAGAAAGUAUAUUUGGAAAAGGAGGUUAACUUACUGAAUUCUAUCCAUGACAACUUCCACCAAGCCAUGGCAUCAUCCGGAUCUCGGGAGCAGUUUUUGCGGCAGAUGGAGCAGAUUGUAGAAGGCAUCAAACAGAAUCGAAUGAAGAUGGAAAAGAAGAAGCAAGAAAACAAAAUGAGAAGAGACCAGUUGAAUGAUGAAUACUUAGAGCUUCUAGAGAAACAGAGACUUUAUUUCAAAACAGUGAAAGAAUUUAAAGAGGAAUGCCGUAAGAAUGAAAUGCUGCUGUCCAAGCUGAAAGCCAGUUCUUCCUGAAGAACUCCAGCUGGGGAAAUUUAUAGAAGAUUGCUCAGUCCACUGAAUCUCUUUUGUGAGGUGACAGUUAUAACUGCAAUGUAGAUGUAUAUAUAUAGAAAUAUAUAAAAAAUAUAUAUACACACAGCUGUAAAAGUCUGGUUUUUCCAGUAUGUGUUCAGUUUACAUUCCCUCAUCACAUGGCUGUAUUAUUCAUUAUUGCCUCCACUACACAGUAAAGAGUUAACACAGUACAGCAAAAUAGAAAUACUGUCUAACUUUAUUUAUUUGGGUUUGGGUUUCUUUUUCUACAGUAAGGACAGUGGGAAUGUUUUUUGUUUUUUUUUAAUUUGGGUUUUAACACUCAAUUAGGUGAAAAUUCUGGAAUAAGUUUACAUGUACUGUGUAGUAUGUCCACCACCCCACAGGAUAAGCACUACAGAAUGCAGUAGUUUGUUAAUUUUGGCCCCAAAAAAAACCACAGAAUGAGAUUCUUCAAACUUGCUUUUCCAGCUAAUAACUUCACAUUAUUUUAGUUUAUACUCUAGCCAUAUAUAGGAUUCCAAAGGAUAACAAUUAAUUUCUAAUGACUAAGAAAAUGAAAAUUUACCUUGGAUAAUUCCUGGUGUAAAAUUAUAGAUCUAUAUUUUUAUAAAGUCUAGCUGUUGUAUAAAUUUCUUUGAAAUUUCAUUUUUAUAUAUAGAGAGUUUGCUUGUUAAAUUAAUAGCUCCAGGAAAAAAACACCUUAAUACUAGGAUCACCACGUUAUCCCUGGUGGGGAUGAAAAUCAGAGUCUGUCACCUGUAAUAUAGGAAGAUAAAGACUGGGACAUUCUGCUCUAACGAACUGAUGCUCACCUUUGAAGACAACAACCAAUACUUACCCUGCUGAAGAUUUGCUCUUGAAAGUUCAGAAACUUUGUGGGACACUUUCUGAGACAUUUUUAUAUCUGUAUAUACAGUAUUUUAUAAUUCAAACAGUUGCUUUUUGUACUUAACACCAGGAUUUUGGACUGACUUCUUAAUGUACAUGACAUCUUUGGGAGAAGAAGACCCAUGCUCCUUUUUCCCACUGACACUGAUGACAGCACUGUUCAGUUACUGUCUGUGGCAGCAAAUACAAAAUAAAAAUGUUUGGAAUCCA